AUGAGUUGGGUUGGCACUUCUACACUUUUUUUCUGUUUGCUUUCCAGAGUUCUCGGGUAAAUCGCAAUAUUUCCACGAAAUAGUGAAAUUCUGGUGAAUUGUUCAGAAAAGACUCAUCGCCAUCAUUCCAAAUCGACAAAACAAACAGUCAGUUUCUGCUAGAUGGAGAACCGUUCCAGUACUUAGCCGGUGAGAUCCAUUACUUCCGAAUCCCUCACCAAAAAUGGGAUGAUCGUCUGAAACGGGUCCGUGCUCUUGGAUUCAAUGCGAUCACGGUGCCAGUUCCAUGGAAUUUGCAUCAAUACGAUCAGGAUGAGUGAGUUCUGAUCCAUAACCUUAUUAAAAAAAGAUUAUUAACCGUUGUAGAACCCCACAGUUUUCGGGAAACUUGGACUUGGUCAAGUUCAUCAAGACUGCAAAUGAUAACGGACUGUACACCAUUAUCAGAAUUGGUAUUCAGCAUUUCUCAUUCAUCACGCUUUGCUUCUAUCUGAAUUAACAGGUUCUGAAAGCAGAUUUCAGGAUCCCCAAUAAUUAAAAAUCUGAUUUUACUUUUUUUUUCUUAAGGAACCUAGAACCUGGCUUUGGAACCUGUAAAUUCAGAUAGAGCCCACACUUUUUUCUUACAGGUCCAUACAUUUCUGCUGAAUGGGACAACGGAGGUUUGCCAUGGUGGUUGAUCAGAAAUACUAAAAUCAACAAGUACCGUACUAGUGAUCCAGCGUUAGUUUUAUGGAACUUCCAAACAACAACAUCGGGACCUUCUUGUUCAGAUUCAUGGAUGAAGUGACGCAAUGGUGGAAGCAUCUUCUGCCCAAAUUGUGGCCGUUGAUGAGAAAAAACGCCGGACCGAUUCUGAUGGUUCAGAUUGAGCAUUUCUAUGGGAAUCUUCAAUUCUGCGACCAAAGCUACAUGCUCGCACUGGCGAACAUGGUCAGAGAGCAGUUGGGAAAUGAUGUCGUCUUGUUCACUGUCGAUGCUCCACUUGCGUUCUUCUUGAGAUGUGGAACCCUUCCGAACGUGCUCCCGACUAUUGAAAUGCGUCCGAAUACAGCAGCAGGAACAGUUGAAAGAUGGUUCAACUUGCAAAAGUCUUACAUGGCCGGUGCACCAGCAGUUGCAUCUCAUUUUGUCAUUAAUCCAUACAAAGUUUGGGGCCUGAAUGUAACCGAUAGAUAUCAGAACGAUGUAAUUAUCGAAACCGCUAAUAGUAAGUCAUGAUGAUUUUAUCUGACAUUUUUAAACACUUUCUUUAGCUGCAUUCGGUCUGAACGCCAGUAUCAGUUUCCACAUGACCCACGGAGGAACGAACUUUGGAUAUUGGAACGGCGCAUUCGAUCCCUACACAGUCACCACUUCUUAUGAUUCAUUUGCGCCCAUCGCUGAAGCUGGAGACGUCAAUGAGCUUUUCUUGGCAAUCAGAAACUGGAUCACUAAUAUUCCUGGCUGGGCUUAUAUGCCACCUUCAAUUCCAGCUAACUUGCCAAGAACCGCUUACCCAGAUGUUACGCUGACAGUUUUCGAUACUGUCUCCGGAUUCAUAUUGGGAACGAAUCCAGAGUGUUGGAGCAGUCCGGAAACACCCAGAACUGCCGAGUACAUUCGACACGGAUAUGGCUACGUGUAUUACAACACGGUAAAAAAGUUUCAGGUUCAAAUGUUCAAAUUAUGUAACUGUUUUUAGACUAUUAUCGACUGUGGAACCCUUUACAUUCCAAAGUUUGCUGACAAUGCAUACAUUUUCCUCAAUCGCAACUUUAUUGUAAGAAAUAUUUAAAUAAUUGCAGAUUCAAACACGUAUUUUCCAGGGUGCGCUAUACAAAGAUUUUGCUGAUAUUCAUAACAAUACCAUUGAAGUUCAAGGAUGUUUGGAUAACGUCAACUCGCUUGAGAUUAUUGUUGAAAUCGCCGGACGAUCCAGCAUUAAUUAUCCAGUGAUGUCUAGAGUGAGCCCAUCUUGCGAACUGAGAAAAGUGAUAUCUGCAGGGAAUUCAAGAUAAUGUCUACAUGCACAAUGUGACUCUGGAAAACUGGCAGAGUUGUCAAGUUCCUAUCGAGACGUAUGAGAUCAGUAUGGUCAAGAACUAUGAAAAAGAUUCAGAAACAAGUGUUGCACAAAAAUGAACACCCAGGUUUUUUUGAAUCAAUUUCUUGUUACCCCGAGUAACUUCAGCAGUCUGACUCCAACUCAGCGGCCGUCAACCAACCAGCUGUUUUCAUCGGGAACUUGCACAUCAAAAACCGCUCCAGCUGAUACUUUUCUCGAUGUGAGAGGAUGGGGAAAAAGGAGUUGUGACUAUCAACCAGUACAACAUCGGAAGAUACUGGUCCACAGUCGGGCCUCAGGUAAGUCGUUUUAUCAGAAAAACGCCAAACUCUCGUUUUUCAGCAAACCCUUUACAUUCCGUCCGAGUUCCUUCACAAAGGCACCAAUCUGAUAAUGUUCUACGAGUUCGAGGGCGCUACGACUGCAUGCACGGCAGCUUCUUGCACCGCAAAGUUCACUAACAUUCCGAUUUUCGACUACUGA